UCUCUCUCUCUCUCUCUCUCUCUCUCCAACCCUUCCUCCGUCGCUUGCGUGAACCGUAUAAGAAAAGAGACCACGUUCAAAAAGAUGCCCAGAUGCGAUACAAAAACCAGCAAUGCAACCCGCUGAUGAGAAAGCCCUGAAUAGUCGCCGAGAAAAAGAAUGGUCCCGGGGGUGUGAGCAGAAGCGCCGGUCCCUGAAUUCGCACAAACUUUCGUCUAUUCGCGCCCCUUAUCUUACCGCUAAUUCACUGACAAGCCCAGGCAGAAAUGUCCCUAUCGCUGUCGUCGUCGCCGUCCACAUCAAAGACCUCCUCCUCUUUUCUCUUGGUGUUCUCCCUCGAAUGCAAGUAAAGGUGAAAUGUAGCAAGAUGAGACCCGCAGCACCUCGAAAAGCCGCUCAAAGCUCUGGCCCCUUCGCGCAGACUAUCUCAUAUAAUAUCCUUCUUCGUCAAACAGCAAACAAUGAGACGAGAGAAGCAAGCGUCUUGGAGAGAAAGGAGCAUAUAAAAGGCAAAAUGUGCCCUGGUCGUCUCAAGAUUAUCCUGUUGCCUGGUGUCCUUUUUUUAUAACGUCCAAGGCUGCCUUCAGCUCCCUCUAGCGGUGUUUUCCCCAAUGUAUAGCGC